ACGCACUGGGAGUAGAACGCUUUCAUAGAAAGCCUCCCGUGAUGAAGCGUAACAAAGCCAUUUGAAAACAUAAGGUCAUUAACUCCACCCCUGUCCUCUGCAGAGAGAUAAAGGAGAGUAAGUUAAAACUUCAGAAGCUCUCACCUGGGAAGCCUUCUUGGGAAGAUGCAGCUGCUUCUGCUCCUGUUGGCCUUUUUUCUACCCUCCAGGACAAUGGCAGUGGAGAUCAUCGGGGGACAUGAAGCCAAACCCCACUCCCGCCCCUACAUGGCCUACCUUCAGAAUGGGGAUGGUUUGACAUGUGGUGGCUUUCUGAUAAAUGAGAAGUUUGUACUGUCAGCGGCUCACUGUAACGGGAGCUCAAUAUAUGUCACCCUGGGUGCCCACAAUAUCAAGAUGCAGGAGAAAACCCAGCAGGUUAUCCGUGUAAGAAAAGCCAUCACCCAUGAAAACUAUGGUCCUCGAACCUACACCAAUGACAUCAUGCUACUGCAGCUGGAGAAAAAGGCCAACCUGACUAAAGAGGUGCAGCCUGUCAGGCUGCCAAAAGGCAAGUCCCAGGUGAAAUCAGGUGCUGUGUGCCAGGUGGCUGGAUGGGGACUGUUGGCCCGGAGGGGUAAAAGAGCAACCACACUGCAGGAGGUGGACAUGACAGUGCAAAAGAAUGAGGUGUGUGAGACCUGCUAUGCCAACUAUGACAGAGCUUCUCAGAUCUGUGCUGGGGAUCCAAAGAUUCAAAAAGCCUCCUUUAAGGGUGAUUCUGGAGGCCCCCUCAUGUGUAAUAAUGUGGCCCAGGGCAUUGUUUCCUAUGCACCAAAGGAUGACACAACUCCACAAGCCUUCACUAAAGUGUCACAUUUUCUAAGAUGGAUAAAGAAAACCAUGAAACACCAUUGACUGUAGAGAGAAAACUAAACACCUUUUGGAGAGACCAUGUUUCCUGGACCUGAGCCCAGAGGUGCUCUAGAGCAGACAU